AAAACGAGCGACACACGAAACACAAGAACCUUUUGGAAAGUGAAAACAGUACAAUUGGCGGGGGUUUCUCUUCCGUUGGUUGCUAGACUAAGCUUGACAACAAUGGCGGGGUUGAGGGUUAUUCACGGCCAGCUUUUCAGCAAUCCCUCAACUUUUUCAUCGUCAUGUAAAGUUAUGCCUAUGACACUUGAUUACCGACCCCUCAAAUUCAAUAUUGAUCCUCAAUCUGUUUCUCGAAGUUUCGGCAGAUUCAACCGACCCCUUCUCAUUCAUGGGAUUCCUCGAUCUCGUCUUCUUUGCAAGAUGAAAGACUCGGAUAUGACAUCACAGCUGGAGCUUGGAAAACUGGGUGAGAAGAGGAAGCCUGAGAAGCGAGUGAAUGGGAUAUUCUGGAUUUUACUACUUAAUAUUGGAGUAUAUGUAGCAGAUCACAUAUUUCAGGUUCGUGAGAUUAAAGCUUUGUAUCUGUAUCACAAUUUGCCUGUUUGGUACCAGUUCGUGACUUCCACAUUUUGUCAUGCUAAUUGGAAUCAUCUUUCUAGCAACCUUUUCUUCUUAUAUAUAUUCGGAAAACUUGUUGAAGAAGAGGAAGGAAAUUUUGGACUGUGGCUCUCUUAUAUCCUAACGGGUGCUGGAGCAAAUCUUGUUUCAUGGCUUAUACUCCCAAGAAAUGCUGUUUCUGUUGGAGCCUCUGGUGCAGUAUUCGGUCUCUUUGCAAUCAGUGUCCUUGUUAAGCUCUCUUUUGACUGGAGGAAGAUCCUUGAAGUACUUAUACUGGGUCAAUUUGUUAUUGAAAGGGUGAUGGAAGCAGCCCAAGCUUCAACAAGUUUUGCAAACAGUAGCAAUGCUCUACAGAAUGUUAAUCACAUAGCUCAUCUUUCUGGUGCUCUUGUUGGUGCAACUUUGGUAUGGCUUCUUAGCAGAGUUCCUUCUCAAUCUGUGGACCAAGAUAAAUGAUGCAUCAAUCAAAACAGUUGCAAAAUAUUAGUCCUUCAGUUCAACCAUCUCUUGUUGGUGGAGAAUCAAGUGAGAACAGUGUCAUUUUACAAAAACUUGAGAACAACUGAAACAAGCAACCAUCAUAUGUGACGCAGUAUGGGGAUGCAAUAGUUUGCGGACGACCUAGCCUACGACCUGAGUCAAUCGUGUGCAUCAUGUAUGUAUGUGAUAUUAGUUUGUGU